AUGGGUCAAUUAUACUUAACAAGGAAGUGGAUACAGAGUCAGCAAUCUGAGGCUUUGAUGAGAGAAAUGGCAGCAAAAGGCAUUUUUCCCGCUGUACCUCAUCUCCGACGACUUAGCUCUACAAGAAGUGAUAGUUUGGUGAGCAACUAUCUAAAUAACAAUGACGUGGAGGACCUAGAAAUGUUACUUGAAGCUUACUUCAUGCAACUAGAUGGCACUCGUAACAAGAUACUGUCUCUGAGGCAACUUCUAUCACAUAAAAGCUCUUACAAUAAUAUGCCAGACCAAAUGAUCGCUCAAGACAAUGGUAUGCAAUCUCCAACUGCUGGAAAAUGGUUACCAGUUCCAGAAGCUGCUGAAGGUUUGCAAGCUGAGCUUCCUUUUGAGUUCCAGGUUUUGGAAGUCGCAUUAGAGGUGGUCUGUACAUAUUUGGAUUCCAGUGUUGCUGAACUUGAGAGAGAUGCUUACCCUGUUUUAGAUGAACUGGCCAGAAAUGUUAGCACGAAGAAUCUUGAGCAUGUGAGGAGUUUGAAAAGCAACCUCACUCAAUUGCUUGCGCAGGUGCAAAAGGUGAGAGAUGAGAUCGAACAUCUUUUAGAUGACGAUGAAGAUAUGGGUCAAUUAUACUUAACAAGGAAGUGGAUACAGAGUCAGCAAUCUGAGGCUUUGAUGGGAGAAAUGGCAGCAAAAGGCAUUUUUCCCUCUGUACCUCAUCUCCGACGACUUAGCUCUACAAGAAGUGAUAGUUUGGUGAGCAACUAUCUAAAUAACAAUGACGUGGAGGAGCUAGAAAUGUUACUUGAAGCUUACUUCAUGCAACUAGAUGGCACUCGUAACAAGAUACUGUCUGUACGGGAAUACGUUGAUGACACAGAGGAUUAUGUUAACAUCCAACUUGACAAUCAGCGAAACGAACUUAUUCAACUGCAAUUGACAUUGACAAUUGCAUCAUUUGCCAUAGCUGUAGAGACUAUGAUGGCUGGAUGGUUUGGCAUGAACAUCCCUUGCACAUUGUAUAAUAUUAAUGGGAUAUUCGGCCUCUGUGUUGGAAUUAUGACAGCCGCUUGUGUAUUGCUAUUUAUUCUGGUUCUAGGAUACGCCAGAUGGAAAAAGCUUCUCGGGCCGUGA